AUGGUCAUCCAUUGGCUUCUCUUGAAAGUUGUGGUGCUUGGGGCUGUAUUGGGUCCAUACCACAAUCCCUUAGCAGCUGCUGAUCAUUUAGUGACGAAGCCCGGAUGCCAGAGCACUUGCGGAAACCUCUUGAUUCCAUACCCCUUCCGAUCGAGUGACAGUGAUCCCAAAUGCCCUAACGUUUCUGCCUUAUUUACGGUGGAUUGCGACCACUCUACCGACCCUCCAACGCCUUAUUGGUACAAUAAAAGUAGUAACUUCCAAAUACUCAACAUCUCUCGAGAGGAUCACGAGAUGCGAGUAGCCGGGAGCAUCAAUCAAGACUGCUAUAACUCUUCUGGGUACGAUGCGGCUUCAAGCGCCGUUUUCAACGUCAGCCUUGGUGAUUUCCCCAUAUCCAUCACCAAGAACAUGUUCAUUGCUGUCGGUUGCGAUACGUCUGCGUACUUCUUGGACCUCCAAAGGAAAUUCAUCUUUGGAUGUAUGUCGGUAUGCACUGACAUUUCCGAAAUGACUAACGGCUCGUGCUCGGGCAUCGGUUGCUGCGAGACGAGCGUACCAAGAAAUUCAUUCGGCUACAAUAUCUCCUUUGAUAGCUAUAAUAACCAUAGAGAAGUCCUGAGUUUCAAUCCUUGCAGCUACGCUUUCGUCGCAGAGAUCAGUUCCUACAACUUCAGUACUGGUGAUCUUUCGGGACUUCAUUUCAACAACACGCCGCUAGUUCUUGACUGGGCAAUAGGGAAUAGAACGUGCAACGUCGCCAAUAAGAGCGGGGACUACAUGUGCAAGGGAAACACCAGUUGUACCGACGCUGAAAACGGAUCGGGGUACAAGUGCACUUGUUUAGAAGGUUUCCAUGGCAAUCCGUAUCUCGAGAAUGGUUGUCAAGAUAUUGAUGAAUGUGCUGAUCCAAAAAAGAGCCCGUGCACUGCAGUCAUUGGAAAGUGCACUAACACUGUCGGGAGUUAUAAUUGUUCAUGCCGAAAGGGUUAUCAUGGUGAUGGCAGGAAGGAUGGGAAAGGAUGCACAGUUAAUCCUCAUCCAUCACAUUUGGUGCAGAUACUUGUUGGUGCUGGCGUAGGGACAAUAGUGCUACUGUUCAGCGCAAGCUUUAUGUAUCAGGGGAUCCAAAAGAGGAAACUCAUCAGGCUCAAAGAACAGUACUUCAAGCAAAAUGGUGGCUUGCUCUUGCAGCAACAAUUACACGAACAUCACAGGACCACCAACACCACGAAAAUCUUCACAGCCGAAGAGCUAGAGAAGGCCACGAACAAUUACGACGAGAGCAGAAUAGUCGGUCGAGGUGGAAACGGUAUCGUUUACAAAGGGUUGUUGCCAAACGGCACGGUUGUCGCGAUCAAGAAGUCCAAACGUGUGGACAAGACCCAAAUCAAGCAGUUCGUCAAUGAAGUCAUAGUGCUUUCUCAAAUUAAUCACCGUAACGUGGUCAAGCUUUUGGGAUGUUGUUUGGAGACCGAAGUGCCUUUGUUAGUGUACCAGUUCGUAAGCAAUGGAACUCUAUUUGACCACAUGCAUCACGGCAACAAGUCCCCCAAGAUGUCCUGGGAUAUCCGAUUAAGAAUUGCUUCGGAUACUGCCGGUGUCCUUUCGUACUUGCACUCCACAACUUCCAUUCCCAUAAUCCAUUGUGACGUCAAGUCGGUAAACAUCCUACUGGAUGACAACUACACCGCGAAAGUUUCCGACUUUGGAGCUUCGAGAUUAGUCCCACUUGAUCAAGGCGAAUUGUCUACUCUAGUUCAGGGGACGUUGGGAUACUUGGACCCCGAAUACUUGCACACAAACCGAUUGACCGAAAAGAGCGAUGUUUAUAGCUUCAGGGUUGUGCUAGCGGAGCUAAUAACUGGGGAGAAGGCGUAUUCUUUCAACCAACUUGAGAAAGAGAAGAGAUUGGCAAUGCAUUUUCUUUCAGCAUUGGAAGACAAUCAAUUGUUCCAAAUUGUCGACGCAGUGAUUGCAAAUGAAGGGAACGACGAGCAAGUGAGGGAAGUUGCCAAUGUCGCAAAGAGAUGCUUGGCAGUAAAAGGGGAGGACAGGCCGACCAUGAAGGAAGUGGCGAUUGAGUUAGAGGGACUCAAAGAGAAACCUAGUCAUCCAUGGAUGAGUAGCGUCGAUUUGCAUGGAGAAGAGGCACUUUAUCUGCUGGGAGGCACUGUAUAUAUGGAUGGUAUUGAGACCAUGAACUCUGGGCCCUCGGCGAGCAUGAUAAAUGAUGUUAUGACACUAGUUAACGGUGGCAGAUGA